CGUCAUUGCGUAGCGCGUGCGUACCCGGCGUGUUUUCCUGGAGGCAGACAAGGAAAGCACGGUCCCGUUUUUCGUAUCACCUCUGCGCUGACUUUUAACCUCUGACGUCAUUUGCACGUUUCUCGUCUCGUGUCAAGAAGAGACACUUUCGAGCCGCCUGGAGCCACUCGGUGAGUCACCGCUUCCCCUGGGGGCUCCAGGCACCGGCUUCUCCCCAGACCAGCUCCUCUGCGAGCAGCGUCUGGCUGGGGGCCUGCCCGUGGCGCUGGACAGCGAGCACCCCCCUCUUCGGCUCAGCUCUGAGUAUCUCCGUCUUAGCGGUGCUGAGGCCUUGCCUCCCAUUCGACUCGCCUCUGCUGAGAUUCCCCCUACACCCGAAGUCACUGUGGAGCCUGGAUACUGCGGCCGUCGACAUGGGUGAUGAGGACAGCAACUCCAGCCUCGAGGCUGGAAUCCCAGUGGGCAUAGAUCUACGAACACGAGUUCUUCAGUUCGUAGAAGACAGAAUGCAAACUACUAUGCUAACUGGAAUAAUAAUUGGAGCUGCAGUGGCAUUGCCCCUUAUAGGGAUUUUUGUGUUUGUCGUUUACAGAAAGGUGAAGCAAUCUAAACAACCUCAGCCGCAAGUGCCUCAGUACAGAUUUCGCAAGAGAGACAAAGUAAUGUUUUAUGGGCGCAAGAUCAUGAGAAAGGUGACAACUCUCCCAAACUCUCUGGUUGGGAACAUGGUGCCUCGUCAAAGGAUGCGGAAAAGAGCAAAGGUUUUGUCUUUGGCUAAGAGGAUUUUGCGUUUUAAGAAGGAGUCUCCAACUCUGCAACCAAAGGAGCCACCUCCCUCCCUGCUGGAAGCAGAUCUAACUGAAUUUGAUGUGAAGAAUUCCCACUUGCCAUCAGAAGUUCUGUACAUGCUUAAAAAUGUCAGGGUUCUUGGCCAUUUUGAGAAACCUCUCUUCCUGGAGCUGUGCAAGCACAUGUUUUUUGUGCAACUGCAUGAAGGUGAAUACAUCUUCCGUCCCGGGCAGCUGGAUAACAGCAUCUACGUCGUGCAGGAUGGCAAGCUAGAAGUUUGCAUUCAAGAAAGUGAUGGCACUGAAGUGGUCGUUAAAGAAGUGCUGGCAGGGGAUAGUGUUCACAGCCUCCUCAGCAUUCUUGAUGUUAUCACAGGUCACCCUGCUCCAUAUAAAACCGUUUCAGCCCGAGCAGGAACACCAUCCACUAUAUUGCGACUUCCAGCUAGUGUUUUUCAGGAUGUUUUCCAGAAGUAUCCUGAAACUCUUGUCAGAAUGGUACAGAUCAUCAUGGUGAGGCUCCAAAGAGUGACAUUCUUGGCUUUGCACAACUAUCUUGGCCUGACCACCGAGCUCUUCAAUUCCGAGAGCCAGGCCAUCCCAUUGAUCUCUGUGGCAAGUGUAACAUCUGGAGGAAGUUCAUACAAAGAGGUGAAAAGACAGCUGUCUAAUGUAUCGGAGGAGGAACGGGGAGAAAAGUUGGAGAAAGCAGGGGAUACCUCAGAAACAGACACAGUGAAGACUUCAGGUACAGAGAAUUCUGAGAACCUUCUCAAAAGAAGAGUUUCUUUGACAUCCCCUUCUGGAUCAGCAGAGGCUCUUGGUAGCUCCAGUGGCACUAAAUCAGACUUGGAUAUGGCGUACGAGAGAGCCAGGGUGCAUUUCACACCAGAUGAAGCUCCGACCAGUCCUGUUGCGAGCAAGUCUAUAUUGAAGAAGACUGUGACCGUGACAGAAACUCCCUCUGCGGUUUUCCAUUACAUAGAGGGUGACUUAGCUGCGCCAGACUCCUGUGCCGGCAAACAAGUUGAUGCCAUCUUCGAAGCUGCUAAGAAAGACCUUUUAACAUUGAUGAAACUCGAUGACCCCUUGUUGCUGAAGGGUAAAGUAACACUGCAUCAAGUUACGGCUGGGACUGUGGUAUCAAGGCAGGGAGACCAGGAUGUCAACAUCCGGUUUGUGAUCUCAGGUUUGCUUCAUGUGUACCAGUGGAAGAUAGACUCUGAGGAGGAGACCUGUCUAUUCAUCACCCAUCCGGGGGAAAUAGUAGGCCAACUAGCUGUCCUUACUGGGGAACCUCUCAUUUUCACCAUCAAGGCCAAUCGAGACUGCACGUUCCUGUCCAUUUCCAAAUCCCAUUUCUAUGAGAUAAUGCGGGUGCAGCCAAGUGUAGUGCUGGGUGUGGCCCACAGUGUUGUAAAGAGGAUGUCCUCGUUUGUGAGGCAGAUUGACUUUGCUUUGGACUGGAUGGAAGUGGAGGCUGGACGAGCUGUUUACAGGCAGGGUGACAAGUCAGACUGCACAUACAUUGUGCUGAAUGGUCGACUUCGUUCUGUCAUUAGGAUGGAUGAUGGGAAAAAACAACUGACUGGUGAAUAUGGGCGAGGAGACCUAAUUGGGGUGGUGGAGGCAUUAACCCAUCAGCCUAGAGCCACAACAGUACAUGCAGUCCGAGAUUCUGAACUGGCCAAGCUACCAGAGGGAGCCCUGACAUCUAUCAAACGCAAAUUCCCACAGAAAAAUAACUUUCUGAUGGGGAAGCAAAGGGAAGCCACAGAAGGUCCUGCUUUGCUGCUCACCAGUGAUAAUAUCAAACAGCGGCUUGGUUCUGCUGCACUGGACAGUAUCCAUGAGUACAGGCUAUCUAGCUGGCUGGGGCAGCAGGAAGAUAUUCACCGUAUUGUGCUCUACCAGUCUGACAGCACCCUUACUCCUUGGACACAGCGCUGUAUCAGACAGGCCGACUGCAUCUUAAUAGUAGGGUUGGGAGAACAGGAGCCCACUGUUGGAGAGCUAGAAAGGAUGCUGGAGAACACAGCAGUCCGAGCCCAGAAGCAGCUGAUCCUGCUCCAUAAAGAGGAUGGGCCUCUCCCUUGCCGAACUGUGGAGUGGCUCAACAUGAGAAGCUGGUGCUCAGCUCAUCUUCACCUCCGCUGUCCCCGUCGAGUCUUCUCCCGGAGGAGCCUGCCCAAGCUGAUAGAAAUGUAUGAACGAGUAUUUCAGAAACCACCAGACCGUCACUCUGACUUCUCUCGACUAGCCCGUGUUUUGACUGGAAAUGCUGUGGCCCUAGUGCUCGGAGGUGGUGGAGCCAGGGGGUGCUCCCAGGUGGGAAUUAUCAGGGCACUGAUCGAAGCAGGCAUCCCAGUUGAUAUGAUUGGAGGAACUUCCAUUGGCUCAUUCAUGAGUGCACUGUAUGCUGAAGAGCGUAGCUAUAAUCAAAUGAGGAUCAAAGCCAGGCAAUGGGCAAUGGAUAUGAAUUCAGUGUUUAAGACUGUGCUAGACUUGACAUAUCCAAUAACCUCCAUGUUCUCUGGAGCCUCAUUUAACAGUGGCAUCAGCAACAUCUUCAAAGACAAACAGAUUGAGGAUCUGUGGAUUCCUUAUUUCACUAUCACGACUGACAUUACUGCGUCAGCCAUGAGGGUCCACACAGAUGGUUCCCUUUGGAGGUAUGUCCGUGCCAGCAUGUCACUGUCUGGGUACAUGCCCCCUCUCUGUGAUCCAAAGGAUGGACAUCUCUUGAUGGAUGGAGGUUAUAUCAACAAUCUUCCAGCGGAUGUUGCAAGAUCCAUGGGGGCAAAAGUGGUGAUAGCAAUUGAUGUGGGCAGCCGGGAUGAGACGGACCUCACCAACUACGGCGACGCUCUGUCUGGCUGGUGGUUGCUGUGGAAGAGAUGGAAUCCCCUCGUUGAAAAAGUGAAGGUGCUGAACAUGGCAGAGAUCCAGACCCGGCUUGCGUAUGUGUGCUGCGUGCGGCAGCUGGAGAUGGUCAAGAACAGUGAAUAUUGUGAAUACAUUCGGCCGCCCAUCGACAGAUAUGGCACCCUGGACUUUGGGAAGUUUGAUGAAAUCUGUGAAGUGGGAUAUCAGCAUGGGAAGACAGUAUUUAAUGUCUGGGGCAGGAGCGGAGUCCUUGACAAGAUGUUAAAAGACAGGCAGGAGAUCUGCAAAUCCAAAACAUCUGGUAUUGUGACCUGUCCUAGUACCUCUUUCACUGACUUGGCAGAAAUCGUGUCCAGAAUUGAGCCAGUCAAAGCAGCUCUGGUAGAUGAUGAAUCUGACUAUCAGACUGAGUAUGAAGAAGAAAUUCUAGACAAUCAGAAGGACGAUUACGCUAAUUUCCUAAGCAGCCAGGUGGAAGAGGAUUCUGACUCCGAUGAAGAUGUACAGAUAAGAAAACGCAUCACCAUCCCCAAACAGGAGAGCCGAUCCAGCGGCACAGGGGAGCCCAGCUAAUCCCUAGGGGAGCUAUCAGGACUUGUCUUUCAUUUGAUCACAUAACUGUAGUUUCACUGACAAGAGCCCUUUUUAUAAAGAGAUUGCCUGGUUGAGAUGUUGCAGUUACUCAAACCUCUCAGAUCAGGAUGGAGGGGCUAUUUAACUGUCCUUAGUGAAGCACAAGACUUGCCAGUGCACUACCCACAUCUCCAUGCCCAGUGAGAUCUCAUGCCAUGGAAAUUUGCAAUGACUUCGCUCCUUUUUCCAGGUGCCAUUGUGGGUUGUGAGUCAUUGAUCUCUCUGGGGUUUGUAUGAUGAAGGGGUGUGCUGGGAGUUGUCUGUGGUUAGAAGUAUGUUCAGAUGCUGCUUUGGCUGUCUGCCACCAUGGGUUCUGUUUGCUGUUCUGGCCCAGAAGGCUCAAAAAAAUGAACAUUGCUGGAAAGUAUGUGCACUGCCACUGCUGCGAAGGAUAAAUACAUGAGCAUUAGAGUGCAGAGGUGUUUGUCACAGGAGCCAGGCAGCCAUGUUGUUAACUCAGCUCUGUAUUUAUUUUGCAACUGUGUAAGUGGGAGUAUUGCUGUGAUAGUAGGAUAAAGGGUCUCUGUCUGCAUUUCGCUUGAAGACUUAACGGGAAAUCUAAAUGCUACAAGUUAAUUACUCUGAAUGUUACUCAUUUGCUUCAGAUACUGUAUAAUCAAGCCAUCUGCAGGAGCAUGUAAUGAUGGUACAUUUAGUUGCUAUUUGCCAGGCAGUUACAAAGUAGCUACAUAGCUGUAGCUACCUUGUGAAACGAAGUGGUAACUGCUGAAAUGAAAUGCCUGUACGUGGUUGUCAGUGGGUUACAAGAUUUUGUCAUUAAUCAGUAACUGCUUUGUGGGGUGUGAUAAAAUACCAGGCAGGUUAUGUUGAGUCCAUAAGAGUUCAUGUUUUAAAGGCCUCAUUGCCGGCAUGCAAAACUUGCCCAACUUUUCAGGAGCUCCACAAAGGCUGCAGCCAUCUAAAAUGGAGCAGUCCAGGUUCCAUUCCCAGCAUGGUACGCUCUGUCACGACCCCAGUGGAAGGUAUUUGAAUGCUGAAGAUUUUUGGGAAUGCACCAGUAGCCCAAAGAUCUUAAGUCACUUCUGCUGAGAUCAGAACCUUCCAAGGUGACACUUGUACUUUUGAAGACACCCUCAGUUUAUAACCACAGCUGGAGUCCUUAUUAUAUAUGUAUUUUAAAAUAAAAUUGCAGCAGAGAAA